ACUCAGUUGUCAAUGUAUAUCCCUCUGGGAUCAGGGAACCAAUCAGAUGCAUUGAACAAUCCCUAGCAUGGUUUACAGCUUUGGCAGAAGUAGGACGGACGUCAUUUUUUUGGUCUUCAGUAUGAAAUAGAGCAGUUUGGGCUUUAAACAUGAACCAGGAGUUGGAUUUUAUGUUUAUUAAAUAUGCGCGGGUCUGGAUCCCAGAUGACGAGGAGGUGUGGAAGUCAGCGGAGCUCACUAAAGACUACAGACAAGGAGACGGCGUACUGCAGCUACAGCUGGAGGAUGGAAAGGACCUGGAGUUUAAAUUGGACCCCAAGACAAACAACUUGCCACACCUGCGUAACCCAGAUAUCCUGGUGGGAGAAAAUGACCUGACGGCUCUCAGCUACCUUCACGAACCCGCUGUGUUACACAACCUGAAAGUGCGCUUCAUCGACUCCAAGCUCAUCUACACAUACUGCGGUAUUGUUCUAGUCGCUAUAAACCCAUAUGAGACUCUUCCCAUCUAUGGAGCGGACAUCAUAAAUGCAUACAGUGGACAGAACAUGGGGGACAUGGACCCUCACAUUUUUGCAGUGGCUGAAGAAGCAUACAAGCAGAUGGCCAGGGAUGAGAGGAAUCAGUCCAUUAUUGUAAGUGGAGAAUCUGGAGCGGGAAAAACGGUUUCGGCCAAAUACGCCAUGCGUUACUUUGCCACAGUCAGUGGAUCUGCCAGCGAAGCCAACGUGGAGGAGAAGGUUCUGGCAUCUAACCCCAUCAUGGAGUCUAUUGGUAACGCCAAGACCACCAGGAAUGACAACAGCAGUCGAUUUGGAAAAUACAUUGAGAUCGGCUUUGAUAAGAAGUAUCACAUCAUUGGUGCUAACAUGAGGACAUAUCUGCUGGAGAAAUCACGUGUGGUGUUUCAGGCGGACGAAGAGAGGAAUUAUCAUAUCUUCUAUCAGCUCUGUGCAUCUGCUCACCUCCCGGAGUUUAAAGCCCUGAAACUUGGAAAGGCUAAUGAUUUCCACUACACCAAACAGGGCAGGAAUCCAGUCAUAGAUGGAGUAGAUGAUGCCAAGGAGAUGUCGACCACCAGGAACGCCUUCAUACUGCUAGGUAUAAAUGAGUCCUAUCAGAUGGGCUUGUUUCAGAUAUUGGCUUCCAUUUUGCAUCUUGGAAAUGUAGACGUAAAGGAUAGAGACUCGGACAGCAGUAUUAUUCCACCAAACAAUGGUCACCUGAGUGUGUUUUGUGAGUUGAUGGGAGUGACAUAUCAAGACAUGUCACAUUGGCUCUGUCAUAAGAAGUUGAAGACUGCGACUGAGACGUACAUAAAGCCCAUUCCCAAGCUUCAGGCCAUAAAUGCCCGUGACGCUCUCGCCAAACAUAUCUACGCCAAACUCUUCAACUGGAUUGUGGACCAUGUGAACAAAGCUCUGCAUUCAACGGUCAAGCAACACUCCUUCAUUGGAGUCCUGGACAUUUACGGGUUUGAGACUUUUGAAAUCAACAGUUUCGAACAGUUCUGUAUCAACUAUGCCAAUGAGAAACUACAGCAACAGUUCAACAUGCAUGUGUUUAAGUUGGAGCAGGAGGAGUAUAUGAAAGAGCAGAUCCCGUGGACUCUCAUUGAUUUCUAUGAUAAUCAGCCGUGUAUCAACCUUAUAGAGGCCAAGAUGGGCAUCCUGGACCUGCUAGAUGAAGAGUGCAAGAUGCCGAAGGGUUCGGAUGACUCCUGGGCUCAGAAACUCUAUAACACUCAUUUGAAGACGUGUGCACUUUUUGAAAAGCCGCGGAUGUCCAAUAAAGCUUUCAUUAUUCAGCACUUUGCAGAUAAGGUGGAGUAUCAGUGUGAUGGUUUUCUGGAGAAGAAUAAAGACACGGUGAACGAGGAGCAGAUAAAUGUUCUGAAGGCCAGUAAGUUUGACCUGCUGGUGGAGCUGUUCCAUGAUGAGGAGAAAGCCACAAGUCCAACCGGUGCUGCUACUGGCCCAGGAGGACGUACUCGCCUCAGUGUCAAACCAGACAAGGGCAAAUCCACCCAAGCCAGCAAAGAACACAAGAAGACAGUUGGACUGCAGUUCCGUAACUCUCUGCAGCUGCUGAUGGAGACACUGAAUGCCACCACACCUCAUUAUGUUCGCUGCAUUAAACCCAACGAUUACAAAUAUGCCUUCACGUUUGACCCUAAGAGGGCAGUGCAGCAACUGCGUGCUUGUGGAGUUUUGGAAACGAUCCGCAUCUCUGCAGCUGGUUUUCCAUCUAGGUGGACAUAUCAAGAGUUCUUUAGCAGGUAUCGUGUACUGAUGAAACAAAAAGAUGUUCUGACAGAUAAGAAGAUGACCUGUAAGAAUGUUUUGGAGAAACUGGUGCAGGAUCCAGAUAAGUACCAGUUUGGCAAGACCAAGAUCUUUUUCCGCGCAGGUCAGGUUGCAUACCUGGAGAAACUGCGUGCUGAUAAGUUGCGCGCUGCCUGUAUCCGUAUCCAGAAGACCAUCCGCUGCUGGCUGGCACGCAAGAAGUACCUGCGUAUGAAGCAUGCUGCCACGACUAUCCAGAGAUUUGUCCGUGGAUACCAGGCCCGCUGUCUUGCCAAAUUCCUGCGUCGCACACGUGCAGCAAUCAUCAUUCAGAAGUACCAGCGGAUGUACGUUCAGAAAACGUGUUACAAACGCAAGCAGGCUGCCGCACUGGCCAUGCAGUGCAUUCUCAGAGCGUACAUGGCCAGACAGCUGUACAAAGCGCUGCUGCGUGAGCACAAGGCUGUCAUUAUUCAGAAGAUGGUGCGUGGCUGGCUGGCUCGGCAAUGGUUCAAGCGCUCGCUCAAAGCCAUAGUUUACCUGCAGUGCUGCAUCAGGCGAAUGCGAGCCAAGCGAGAACUCAAGAAGCUCAAGAUCGAGGCACGCUCUGUCGAACACUUCAAGAAGCUCAACAUUGGCAUGGAGAACAAGAUCAUGCAGCUGCAGCGCAGGAUAGACGAUCAGAACAAGGAGAACCGUUCCAUGAGCGAGCGUUUGAACACUCUAGAAACCAGCCAUGCUGUUGAGUCGGAGCGCAUGCGCGUGGAAGUGACGCGCCUGCGGGGUGCAGAGGAGGACGCCAAAAACAACGCCAACAAAGUCACAUCUCUUCUGGAGGAGCUGGAGCGACUACGCAAAGACCUGCAGAACACACAGAAAGAGAAGAAAGCCAUCGAGGACUGGGCUCAGACCUACCAGGAUGAGAUGGAAAAGAUGAUCUCAGAGCUAAAAGAGCAAAACCAGCUGCUGAAGACCGAGAAAAACGACCUAAACCAACUGAUCCAGGAACAGAGCCAGCAGUGGACAGACAAAAUGCAGAGGGCUCUGAAAGAGGAAACCCAGCAGUUAGAAAACGAUUUAAACGAAGAACGAUCUCGCUACCAAAAUCUCCUCACCGAACACCUCCGACUAGAGGAGAAAUACGACGAUUUGAAAGAAGAGAUCACACUCGCUGUGAAUGUUCCAAAACCUGGUCACCGGCGCACAGACUCCACACACAGCAGCAACGAAUCAGAAUGUACCUACAACUCAGAGUUCGCAGAGUCCGAGGAGGGAUCCCGCGUCGGAGAGGAUGUUUCCAAGUCAAUCCUGGACAUGUCUCUGUUCCUGAAGCUGCAGAAGAGAGUUUCCGAACUCGAGCAAGAAAAGCAGUCGCUGCAGAACGAACUGGACCGCAGAGAAGAGCAGUUUCAGCGGGCUAGAGCUCGGGAUGACGAAGAACAUAAGAAAGCCCGAGGUGCAGAGCUUGAGUAUGAAUCUCUCAAGCGUCAGGAGCUGGAGUCUGAGAACAAAAAGCUGAAGCAUGAUCUGAAUCAGAUGCGUCAGUCGCUGAGAGGCAGCGCUGAGGCCGGUUCUGGUGCUCCUGGUUCUCCUGCGUACACUGUUCUUCUGGAUCAGCUCAACGCCUCCAACGAGGAGCUGGAGGUGCGCAAAGAGGAGGUUCUGAUUCUGCGCUCACAGCUCGUCAGUCAGAAAGAAGCCAUGCAGCACAAGACGACCAUGACUGAACCUCUGCCAUACAUCGAGGAUGUGCAGAAGCUCACUGAUGCCAAGGAGAUCUCGCAGGCCUACAUGGGCCUCAAAGACACCAACAGAUCCCCCAGGUUCACACGCAGACCGACUGAAGUGAACGAGCUCAUGAGCAGGUUGAGAUCCCCAUUCCCUGACUACCAUAAGCUGAAUGAGGAUGGAGAACUGUGGCUGGUUUAUGAAGGGUUAAAGGAAACUAACAGGCUGUUGGAGUCUCAGUUGCAGGCUCAGCGUCGCUCUCACGAGAACGAGGUGGAGGUUUUACGUGGAGAGUUGCAGAGUCUUAAAGAGGAGAAUAAUCGUCAGCAGCAGCUGUUGGCGCAGAACCUGCAGCUUCCUCCAGAGGCCAGGAUUGAGGCCAGUCUUCAACACGAGAUCACACGCCUCACCAACGAGAACCUGGAACUUCACUCUGAUGAUCCAAAGGAGUAUAAAGCCUACAGAAUCAGCAUGUUACGCAGGAUGGUUGAUCUUAUGGAGCAGCUGGAGAAACAGGACAAGACCGUUCGUAAGCUGAAGAAACAGCUCAAAGUCUUUGCAAAGAAGAUCAAUGAUCUGGAAGGUGGGCAGAUGGACGUGUCUCCAGGACAGACGGCUGACGAGCCCGUUCAUCCGGUGAACAUUCCACGCAGAGAGAAAGAUUUCCAGGGAAUGCUGGAAUACAAAAAAGAGGAUGAACUCAAACUGGUCAAAAAUAUCAUACUUGAGCUGAAGCCUCGUGGUGUGGCAGUGAAUCUGAUACCAGGUCUGCCCGCAUACAUCCUCUUCAUGUGUCUACGCCAUGCUGACUACAUCAACGAUGACCAGAAAGUGCGAUCUCUACUCACCUCUGUCAUCAACAGCAUCAAGAAGAUCCUCAAGAAACGAGGUGAUGACUUUGAGACUGUUUCCUUCUGGUUGGCCAACACAUGUCGUUUCCUGCACUGCCUGAAACAGUACAGCGGUGAUGAGCAAUUCAUGAAGCAUAACAGCCCAAAGCAGAAUGAACACUGUCUCUCUAACUUCGACCUGGCAGAGUACCGGCAGGUUCUGAGCGAUCUGGCCAUUCAGAUCUACCAGCAGCUCAUCAAGUGUAUGGAAAACAUCCUGCAGCCCAUGAUCGUCUCUGGCAUGCUGGAACACGAAACCAUCCAGGGUGUGUCAGGAGUGAAGCCCACGGGUCUCCGCAAGAGGACGUCCAGUAUUGCAGAUGAAGGCACGUACACACUGGACUCCAUCAUCCGUCAGCUCAACACCUUCCACUCCAUCAUGUGUCACCACGGCACUGACCCCGAGCUCAUCAAGCAGGUGGUCAAGCAGCAGUUCUACAUCAUCGGCGCCGUCACCCUCAACAACCUGCUGCUGCGCAAGGACAUGUGCUCCUGGAGCAAGGGCAUGCAGAUCAGGUAUAACGUGAGUCAGCUGGAGGAGUGGUUGAGAGAUAAGAACCUCAUGACAUGCGGCGCUAAAGAAACACUGGAGCCGUUGAUUCAGGCUGCGCAACUACUGCAGGUGAAGAAGAAAACUGAUGAGGACGCCGAGGCCAUCUGCUCUAUGUGUAACGCCCUCUCCACAGCACAGAUUGUGAAAGUGCUGAACUUGUACACGCCUGUCAAUGCGUUUGAAGAGCGAGUGUCAGUGUUGUUCAUUAGAACAAUACAGACGCGUUUACGGGAUCGAAAGGAGUCGCCGCAGCUUCUGAUGGACACCAAACUCAUCUACCCCGUGACCUUCCCCUUUAACCCCUCCUCCCUCGCUCUGGAAACCAUUCAGAUCCCUGGCAGCCUCAAUCUGGCCUUCCUCACUCGUGUGUAGACCUGUCAAUCACCUCACAUCAACCAAUCACAUGGCAGGAACGGGGAGCCAAAAUAAAUAAAUAGAAAAAAAAGAUGAUCAUAGGUAAAUAAGCCACACACUUAAAGAGAAUGCAGUUUAGAUCAUGACAUCCCCUCUUUUUUGCUCUUCUUCAUCACUUUUGUUCAUUCAAUAAAAGGGUGAAUCUCACAAACAUGUCACGUAUGUGUUGAUCACGAAAAUCUAAAUGUUAUAAGUACUAUAUUUACCAUAAAAAAAAUGAAUCAUGUCGUUAUAUUAGAACAUAAGGAUUUUUGUUAUUUUAAUAACCAAACUUUCACAUUCAUUCUUAUUACUGUAUUGUGAGAUAUAUAUUUAUACAACAGUUCUAUCUGGUUCUUGAAUCUGAUUGGCUGAUAGCAAUAUUCUGCAAUAACAACACUUGUAUAGCCUCUUCACCUUUGUGUGUUACUUUGCUCACAUACAGUGACAGCAGAUCAAUGAACUCACUACAAUUUGACAAAUAUCGCAGCUAUUCGACAACAUAAAGUACUUUUGAGGCUUUUUAGGUAAGAAUGUAGUUGUUAAUAUUGCAACUAUGCAGUUUAUUUAGAAGGAUAGUGCCUAUUUUAAAUAUUUAUCACUUUGGAAAUAAAGCACAUCAGCAUCCAUCAGCCUGUCAUACUGAGCAGAGCAAAAAGGGUUGACGUUCCGCCAUAGGAUGGCGACAGAGACUGCAUAACAAGCCCUUAUAGGUGAAAAACCCAGUGUAAUUUCAAACUACAGCUGAUCAAAUCAUUAUAAAACAGGUAAGUGCCAUUCUAAAUUUAUCUCUCUUAUUUGUAUGUUUUAGUGCUGUAUUUAUACCAUAGUAAUCUGGUAAUGUUUGCUUUGAUUUGGCUUUUACUGGGUUAAUUAUUGUGAUCUCCCGAUUGCAAUAGAGAAAUACUAGGAAAUCUCUGUAGACUGAUGGCAUUUCAUGCCGUUCAGCCUUAUAAUCUUAAAAUGUGAGCAAAAAUCAACUGUUUUGUCAUCGCUUUUUAGACAUUACGGUAGAGAAUCAUUCAAAUAGUAGCUCUAAAAAGAAGUUUGUGAAGUAGCAACGACUGUUCUGACAACAGCUGUAGAUGUUAAUGAAUGGCGGAAGAAAGUAGUUCCUAAUACAAAAGGAUUUUUAGGCUCUCUGUGUUUGAUCUUCUAUUUUAUAUACACGAUUAUGCCGUCGAGCUGUUGUAUAAACGCAAUAUCACAUGAGUAGCAGUGCGAUAUGGCUGUAUAUCAUCACUGGUGGGAUACUAGAGCAACACACGCUUCGCAUCAGUGCCGAUAUACAGCCAUAUCGCACUGCUACUUGUGUGAUAUUGCUCAUAUAUCAUUCACAUUGUACUUGAAUUACAAAAUUGUAACUUUAAUUAAUUGUAAAUUAAUUAAAUAUCUACAUUUCACUUAAAUACAGUCAAAAUGUCAUUCAGAAUCUACUUUGACACUAAAUUGAAUGUGAAAAAAAACAAACAUGUUCCUAAAAACUGGAUUAAUUUUCUUUAUGGUAAAUAUAUUCUUCUUAUUUUCAUUUGAUUGUGGCGGUCUGGAUUUUGUUUUGGUGAGAUUCACCCUGGAAUAUUAUAGAGAUAUUUCACUUAUUAAAUGUUACGGAGGGAAAAGCGAAGGCUGAAAUAACUCAUUCUAACACAAAUGCCUUUUUUUGCCAGAAUAUGUUCACGGGGCUGUAUAAUCGUAUACAUAUAUAAAUAUCUAUGAAAUAUGUAUGAUGCUAGGAUAUUUUAUUUAUUGCUUUAUCAGAUGUUUGUUUGUUUUGUUUUUUCUCAAAUGCUAGCUAACAUGGAUAUCCAGUUGGAGAACGUACUCUAGUCCGCUGUGCUCAUCCAUAUCAGACAAAUAACUUAGACUUCUGGGUAACAAACUAAACAAAAGACAUUGGAGCUCAGCUGAUUUCUUUAGCAUAGAUGUUUAUUCGUUAGUAACGUGGUGAUGUUGAUUAGGUAAUAGCUAGCUAGCUAGUAGUCACAUCUGGUGUAACUCUGGCGGAAAAAUAACUCAGCAUCUCUUCCUCAAGAGCCUCAUGUUUACAUCUCUGACAUUCAGGAAUCAUUUGCAAAGAGAUGGUAGAGUCCAGACCCAGUGCAUGAUGGGAUUGUUUGGGUUUGCCUUCAUAUUGACCUGCUCUGCCAUUGUGGAACAUAUCAAAAGCCAGAGGUCUAAGCGAGAGUUUGUUCUAACGUAGGUUCAGUUUUGGCUCCUCACAGUACAGGGGUGUGAAUCUCAUGAAGAAAUGUUGGCAAAUAUCAAGUAAAUUGACAGAUUUUGUACUCAAAAAAGAAAAAUUUCGGAACACGUUGAUUGCAUUUGUUCCAUGACAAUUAUCACUAUUGCUUACACUGUAAGAAGUGGUCACUUUACUUUAAAGUUUGAGUAAACCCAUUGCUUUUUUAAA